GUACGUGUCACUUUCGCUGCACGAAAACAAUCUUUUGGUAGUGUGUUGUAAUUUCGGUGUCGGUGUGUGUAUUGCGUUUGUUGUUUUUCAUUUGGAUCGCAAAAUGAUUGUAAAAUUACGAAUAUCCGAGCACGUUAAGAAGCGCAUUUGCGAUCCGACGUUUGCCUCGUCACCGGGUACGGGCGAGCUGUACGGUACCAUCUGUGACGGUGUGCCGACGGUGAUCGGGUUUGCCCGGGUGCUGAAACAACUGGCCGAAGCAGCGACGGUCGACCCAGAUGCGGCCGAAAAGUGCGCACCCGCCGAUACGCCCGCUCCCAUCCAGCACAGCCUACCGAGCGGGCUGGAUCUGAUCGGCUGGGUCAAGACGGGCCCGUACGCCGAUCCGACCGACUUUCUGCUCAAAGCCGGCCCAGACGCGUUCGUGACGGACAAUCCGGUCUACCUGCACUACACCGGCGAACCGGGGGCCGACCUGCAGACGUUCAUUUUCGAGCAGCGCAAGUUGCAGUCGGUCGAGUGCGUCCUGUUCGCAGACGAGUUCCUGCACCGGGAGUACUACCUGCUGCGGCUCCAGUGCACGCUGACGCUGGUGUGCGAGCAGACGGAAAAAUCGGUCUGCGAGAAUGCGUUCCGACUGCGGCGACAGCUCGGGUCGGGCAGUGUGGCGUUUACUGUGCCCGCUGCUGCAGGCGUGAUGCUGAGCGACUAUGCUGUGACGGGCAUCGAUAAGGAGGAGAGCGUUGAAAUGCUGCACGCAAUGGUCACGGCACCGAAGCCGGAGCAGGACGAUGGGUUCGGGGUGGCCGGUGGGCGUGUGAAAGCGAAAAAGGUGCCGGUAAGCAAUAAGGCGCCGAGCGGCUAUCGGGUGAUCGAUUUCGGGCUGCUGAUCAAGAAGUCGAAGGACGAGGUGGACGAAAAGUUGCGCCGGGAGGCGUGCAACGUCACGAUUGACCGGCGGAACGAGGCGCAAACGGUGAAGGUACCGUUUCAGGUGGACUGUCUCAGUAUGGUGCACCGGACGAAGAAGCUGGACAAGUGUUUCGACAACAUGGUGGAAAGUGUGGACUGUUCGCUCGGGUUGAUCGAGGCCGCACUGCUCGAGCAGCUGCGGCACCAGAAACGGUUGUACGUGUCCAAGUGCUACCAUAUGCUGCCGCGGGAGCUGGGCCACUUUGUGACGUGCGUGUAUCCGCUCGGGGAGGAGGUGAGCGAAACGGACUCGUUUCUGGAGCGGCAGCGCGCUAGCAUGCACAAGCAGUUUGUGCUACCGCUGAACCGGCCCUACUUCCGGAAGGGCAAUGCGCACCGGUUUGGACCGAGCAAGGUGCUGAUCAAUCCGCACGAAACUCUCACCGUGCCACAUCCAGAGGGCAGAACCGCGGUUGUGGACGGUGUGUACACCUACCAUCACUACAUGCAGGACAGCUUCGACGAUAACGGCUGGGGCUGCGCGUACCGGUCGCUGCAAACGCUCGUCUCCUGGUUCAACCUGCAGGGGUACAGUUCCGGUCCGAUUCCGACCCACAACGACAUACAGUCCUGCCUGGUGCGGCUCGGCGAUAAGCAGCGGCCCUUUAUCGGGUCCCGCCAAUGGAUCGGUUCGACCGAGGUGUCCAUGUGUUUGAGCGGACUGCUCGGGAUCGAUUCGCGCAUCAUGUUCGUGAUGCACGGCAGUGAGCUGGCGUCGCGUGGCAUGGAGCUGCUGCAGCAUUUCCAGCAGGAAGGCACUCCGAUCAUGAUUGGGGGCGGCGUGCUGGCACACACCAUACUGGGCGUCUCGAUGAACGCGGAGCUGGGCGAGACCAAGUUUCUGAUACUGGACCCACACUAUACCGGCCCGGACGAGCUUGGUCCGGUACUGGGGAAAGGGUGGUGCGCAUGGAAGGGAGGCGACUUUUGGGACAAAGUCGCCCAUUACAACCUAUGCAUGCCAAUACGUCCGAAGCGAUUGUAAGGGAUGGGGGUGACAGGGUCGGAGAUAUGCUUUUUUGUGUGUUUAUGAUGGCGCGCCGGGAAACCGUUUUUUUUUUGUUUGUUUCACACAUGUUUCUCGUCUUUAUCGUCUGUAUAAUUGUUGUUGCUUAAAAACAUGUUCUCCCUCUAUUUAAAAUCACUUUUUUGUAUUCAAAUUCGGGAUAGGGCUCUCGUGCUGUGUACGAUUUACGCGAGAGAGAGUGUUUGGCCAGUUUUUAAAAACGUUGGCCGAUCGACUGCAAACUAUAUUAUAAUAAAGCACUUUAAAUGUUUACAACUUUAAAA